AUGCAGGUCAUUGCCACAUUACCCCGGACAUUCCUCGUGACGUCAUAUCAUGCAGGUCAUUGCCACAUUACCCCUGACAUUCCUCAUGACGUCUUAUCAUGCACAACCAUGGCAACCUACCCCGAACAUUCCUCGCGACGUCAUAUCAUGCAGAAGUUUGGCAUGUUACCCCCGGACUUUCCUUAUCAUGCAGGGUCCUGUCGGACUUUGCCUUACCGGUCGUUAUCGGCCGUUAUCGCUCUCGGAGUUUUCGCACUUCGGCGAUAUCGGAAUCCACCUCGGAUAUCGCUCCCCACGGAAUACUGUCCCUGUUACCCCCGAUUCGGGUCUUACGCUAAAAUUUUGACGCGCUUUGGACACAGACCAGUGUUACAUGACCACAACACAAAAGGUCUUGCGCAAUCCGCUUUCUGCAUUCAACAUUGCUUGGGUAAAGUAUUUAAUCACACCGGGAUGUCUACCUCAUCAUAUCACACGCUUAUCACACCACAAAAGAUCUUGUCAACCGUUGCUCGACGUUUCCUGGUUUAA